AUGGUUGAAGAAAGCAAACCUAAGAAAAUUGUGGUGCCUACGUCGGAUGUCAUAGUUAUAGUGGAAAGGCAGAGUGAAAGGCAAAAAACUGAGGCAGAGGGUACAAAGAUCUAUAAGCCUUACUCGAUCUCAUUUCCAAACAACCCACAAAUCUUGAAGCCCUCACUACCAUUCCCGCAGAGGUUUAUGAAGAAGAAAUUUGAUGACAAAUUUGCAAAAUUCCUGGAAGUCUUGAAGAAAAUCCACAUCAACAUUCCCUUUGCAGAAGCUUUGGCCCAAAUGCCUAACUACGCCAAAUUCUUGAAGGAAGUGAUGUCAAAUAAGAAGAAGCUGGAGGAGUUCGAGACAAUUAAGCUAACAGAGGGGCGUAGUGACAUACUUCAGAAGCUCCCUCACAAAUUGAAAGAUCCGGGCAGCUUCAACAUCCCGUGCAAUAUUGGUGGUAUCACAUUUGAUAGGGCACUGUGCGACCUUGGAGCUAGUAUAAACCUGAUGUCCCUAUCAGUGUUCAAAAAGCUGGGUCUUGGAGAAGUGAAGCCCACAAUCCUCACUUUGCAACUGGCGGACAGAUCGAUCACAUAUCCCAAAGGCAUGAUUGAAGAUGUAUUGGUGAAGGUCGAUAAGUUCAUCCUUCCUGUGGACUUUGUGGUGUUGGACAUGGAGGAGAACGAGAAAAUAUCCUUGAUUCUUGGUCGACCUUUCCUAGCUACUGGAAGAGUAUUAAUUGAUGUCCAGGAAGGAAAAUUGACACUGCGGGUUAAUGAAGAGCAUGUGACUUUCAACAUCCAUCAAGUAGAAAAGCCUUAA